AUGUGGAUUUUGGAAAAAAACACACCACAACGGUCCACAGGCCUAAAACAGCGUUUCAUCAGUGCCCUGCUGUACUGCACCGGAGAAAUGCAACAAUUACAUACCCACAUGCAGGAUAAAUUCUUCCCGCUGCAGCUGGUUGAGUGGUGUUUGCGUGGGAUCUCACGUGUGAUUCUACUAAACAACCCCCUGAGUGGAGCUCUGAUUUUGGCAGCGCUGCUGCUGGAGAGCCCCUGGCAGGCUCUGCUGGGGAUGCUCGGCCUUUUGGCCUCCACCUUCACAGCUAUAAUCCUGGGACAGGACUGUGAGGAGGUAUCCAGUGGCCUUCAUGGUUUUAAUGGGAUGCUGGUGGCUCUGCUGAUGGGAGUGUUCAGCUCUGCUGGAGACUGGUACUGGUGGCUUCUGCUGCCUGUGUAUCUCGGUGGAGCUGCAACGACUUUUCUUUCCAGCAGUUUGUCUCCAGUUCUGGAUCGCUGGGAUUUACCAGUGAACGUCUUCCCCUUUAACACAGUCAUCGUGCUGUAUCUGGCCUGUACUGGAACUUCUAACCCCUAUUUUCCAAACCAUCCUGCCCAGCCACCAGGGGCGCCAGGGAGCACCAACCACACUCAACUCCAUGUUCCACAGCUCCUGCAGGGGGUGGUGUUGGGCGUAGGGCAGAUCUUUGCAUGUGGGACUGUAGGCUCGUCUCUGCUCAUCCUCGGUGCUGUUUUCCUCUUCUCACCCAUCCUGGCUGUCUAUGCUCUCCUGGGCUCUGGCAUUAGCACUAUAGCAGGUCUGUCUAUGUCAGUGCAGCACAGCUUUCUGUACUCUGGCCUCUCAGGUUUUAAUGGUGCUCUGGGUUGCAUGACCAUAGGCGUGUUUUACAUACUUAGCUGGAGAACGCAUCUCUUAUCUAUUGCAAACGCCUUGCUUUCAGCUUACACAGACAUCGCCUUGAGCAACCUGCUAGGAGCUUUGGGCCUCCCAGCAAGCAGUUGGGCUGCAACUCUGACAGGCACUCUGAUGCUGUUGCUGACAGGAAAAAACCUCAAAGAAUACAGAAUCCCUACUGGAAAAGUAACCUCGCCAGAACAGAACUUGCACUCACACAAGCAAUGGUCUGCGGCCAAUACGAAUGCAGCUGAUGUAUAG